UCAUGAACCCUUCUCUUGAUAACCAUUAUUCGGUCCAUAAAUAAGAAUGCAGGCGGAGUUGAAGGAUCCCCAAAGUAGAGGUAGAAGAAGGGGAGAGAAGACAAGAGAUGGUGAACAAUAAGGAGAGAAGUAUGGUGGCUUCUCUACUUGCCGUUAUGGCAGUUGUUCUCAGUUUUUUCAGUAUUGCCCAAGCUGCUGCAAAAGUCCCUACUGUUAUUGUUGUUGGAGCCGGCAUGUCAGGGAUAUCGGCGGCAAAAACGUUAUCAGAUGCAGGAAUAAAGAAUAUAUUGAUACUGGAAGCCACCGAUAGAAUCGGAGGACGCAUCCACAAAACAAACUUUGCGGGGUUGUCAGUGGAAAUGGGAGCAAACUGGGUGGAAGGGGUUGGGGGUUCUGAAAUGAAUCCCAUUUGGGAAAUGGUGAACAAGAUCAAACUCAAAACAUUUUUUUCCGACUAUGAUAACGUAUCCUCUAACACCUACAAACAAGUGGGUGGACUUUAUGCGGAGUCUGUAGCCCAGCAUCUGUUUGACUCGCUGGAUGAUGUGGUCGAGUUCAGCGAAAAUAUUUCUACCCUUCUGACAGCAAAGAAACAAGAGGAUAUCUCCGUCUUAACAGCGCAACGCCUUAAGAAUCGUGUUCCUUCCACACCCCUUGAGAUGGCCAUUGACUACUACAACUACGAUUACGAGUUUGCAGAGCCACCACGAGUAACUAGCUUGCAGAACACGGCCCCGUUGCCCACAUUUGCCAACUUCGGAGAGGAUCUCUACUUUGUUGGAGAUUCUAGGGGUUACGAGAGUGUUGUUCAUUACGUGGCCAAACAAUUCCUCACCACCAAUAAAGAUGGACAAAUCACUGAUCCUCGCCUCCUACUCAACAAGGCAGUGGUUCAGAUAACUUACUCACCGAGUGGUGUAAUCAUUAAGACGGAGGAUGGGUCGGUUUACAGAGCUGAAUAUGUAAUGCUCUCACCCAGCAUUGGUGUACUUCAGUCUACUCUCAUCGACUUCAAGCCUGAUUUGCCGCCAUGGAAGAUCCUUGCUAUCUACCAGUUUGAUAUGGCUGUCUAUACCAAGAUAUUCCUCAAGUUUCCUUACAAAUUCUGGCCCGCUGGCAAUGGCACUGAGUUCUUUUUGUAUGCCCAUGAAAAGCGUGGUUACUACACAAUCUGGCAGCAAUUGGAGAGGGAGUACCCCGGUGCAAAUGUUCUUCUAGUGACAGUUACUGAUGAUGAAUCAAAGAGGAUAGAGCAGCAACCUGAUUCUGAUACCAAGGCCGAGGUCAUGGGUGUCCUAAGAGCCAUGUUCGGAAAGAACAUUCCGGAAGCUACGGAUAUAUUAGUGCCUAGAUGGUGGUCUAACAGGUUCUACAAAGGCACUUUCUCCAAUUGGCCAAUUGGGGUUAGCCGAUUUGAGUUUGAUCAGAUUAGGGCACCUGUUGGAAGGGUUUACUUCACGGGCGAACACACCAGCCAACACUACAAUGGUUAUGUUCACGGUGCCUACCUUGCAGGAAUUGACUCAGCAAAUAUAUUGAUUCCCUGCAUCAAAAAGGGAGCUUGCACUUACCACGUCCAACCAAAAGGAACUUAAUAUUAGGAAUCCUGUCCUUUGCGCGUUCCUGUUAGUGGAUGAGGUCUCGUUUUCAGUCUGGGCCUUUUCCAAGUUUAUGCCUUCUCUGUGAUGUAGGAUGAGGUCUCCUUCUCAAUCCGGCAGCUUCAGUGGUGCUAGUGCAGUGGAGUUUGUUUGUUGGCUUCUCCUCUUGUUUUAUCUUCUGCAAAAACAAAAAUGUUGAUUAUUUUUGGGUAUCAUCACUUCAUGCUUUUAUUGCAAUAUGUUUUGACAUUUUUAGAUGGAAGAUAUUUUGUCUUUUUAAAUGGAAGAUUUCUUUUUA